AUGGCCUCUCUCUCGCACAUUUCCUUUAAAUGGCCUCUCUCUCUCUCUCGCACAUUUCCUUUAAAUGGCCUCUCUCUCUCUCGCACAUUUCCUUUAAAUAGCCUCUCUCUCUCUCGCACAUUUUCUUUAAAUGGCCUCUCUCAUCACUCGAUAUUUGAGACAGAGAAUCUCACAUAUGCUGAAGCAUUAUGGGACCAUGUCACCAUGGACCCUGAUGAACUUGCCUUCAGGGCUGGGGAUGUCAUCAAAGUGACAGACAUGCUAGACAAGGACUGGUGGUGGGGGAUCCUUGAUGACAAGGAAGGAUGGUUCCCUGCCAACUUUGUCCGGUUGAGGGCAAAUCAGGAACAUCAUUUGCAGGAAGUACAAAAGACAGAAGGGUCUGACGCCAGCAAGGAUAGUUCACCAAAUGUGGGUAAGCCCCAUCAGUUUAGUGUCAGCAGCGAGCAAGCAAGGACAAAUGUCAUCAACGAAAUCAUCACAGCAGAACGUGAAUAUGUACGUCAACUGGAUGAUGUCCUGCAGGGUUAUGUGGUGCAAGCUAAGAAACGGCCAGAUAUGUUCCCAGAAGAAAAAACAACAACUAUUUUUGGAAAUCUUGAAGACAUUUAUAUUUUCUCCAAAAAAUUCUUAAAGAGUCUUGAAGUGAGUCUUAAAGAUGAAUUACACCUGAGUGAAAUAGGACAUUGUUUUAUUGAACAUAAAAAAGGUUUUGAAAUCUAUUCAGACUAUUGUAAUAACCACCCACAUGCCUGUGAUCAGUUAAAGGAAUUGUGUAAAAAUAAAAGAUAUCGACAUUUCUUUGAGGGUUGCCGUCUCCUUCAAGAAAUGAAGCAGAUACCAUUAGAAGGAUUCUUAUUGACUCCUGUGCAAAAGAUUUGCAAAUACCCACUGCAGUUAGCGGAACUUUUAAAAUACACAUCCACUGAGCAUGCUGAUUUUCAGGAUGUAGGUGAAGCCCUUGAUGCAAUGAAGAAAAUUGCUUGUCUCAUCAAUGAAAGGAAAAGAAGGAUGGAGAGCAUUGAAAAAAUAGCACAAUGGCAAGCAACCGUUGAAGAUUGGGAGGGUCCAGAUUUACUGGAAACAAGUUCUGAAUUAAUUUAUUCUGGGGAAUUAAGCAAAGUCAAUUCAAGUGGUUGGACCCAGGAACGAUAUUUCUUUUUAUUUGAUCAUCAGCUCAUCUACUGCCGGAAGGAUCUACUGAAGAAAAAUUCUUUCUCAUUUAGGGGAAGAAUAUAUUUAGAUCAUAGCAAGAUUUCUCAAGUUGCUGAUGGAAGGGAUGCCCAAUUUAAUGUUUAUGUGAAAAAUGGCUGGAAACUUCAUGAUGACAAGAGAAACAAAUCCUUUUUAGUGUUUAGUAAAAAUGCUGUAGAGAAAGAUCGGUGGCUCAAAGCUUUUGAUGAAGAACGAAGAAAAGUUAAGAGUGAUCAAGAAAAUGGCUUCACCAUUCCUGCAAACUUGAGGAAAUCCUGUGUCCGGAAUAGUUUUAGAAAAACCCAACCAGAAAAGCCUAAAGGUUAG